GCAUCAAUUUGAGUGCAGCAAGAGUAUUUUGGUUUCUCAUGCAACUUCAACUUGUUUUCAUUGUUUAAACUUUACAAGUUAGAGUUUGAUCUAGCCAUGAAGAGUAGUGAUUUGAAAAGGGCUCUUCAGUGUCUUCUAACAAUGAGCAGUAGCAGGGAUAUAAGACAAGAUAGUACUGUUCUGAAUGACAUCCUAAAUUUAACAACUAAAAUGGAAAAUAUGGCUGAAGCAGUUCAAGGAAUUGUAAAAUAUGCACAGGAGUUUUUGGACCUCAUUGAUGCUGCUGAUGCUAUUGCUCAAGCUGAUAUUGCUCGCGAAGCUCUAAAAUGGUUAGCUACUGCAGGUUCAAUGAAAGGGGCUUUACACGGUCAGGAGUUAAGAGGACUAUGGGGAGUUAACACGUCUUAGUGCAAUUAAGUUCCCAUAUUUGUUUCUCUUCCACACUUGUUUUCCAAGCCCUUGGAUGGUUGCAAGUUGCAUAAGAUCUGCUUCAGUUCAAUUUUCUAUUGUAAGAUAUAUUUAUGACGCAUCUGAGGUAGUUGGUCACAAAAAUAGCCUUUUUUUGUGCCAUAAGACUGCUCAUCCCUUCUCUCUUCUCUUCUUUCAGUAAUCCACAUAUUUCAUUCAUUCAGUUUGCUUGGAUUCUGUGCACGCUAGGAAGUUUUUGUAUUAUCUUCAUGAUGUUGCAUAUAUACGCAAUGUGAUUCUCAUAGAUCAUGGUACCCGUCGAAGUUUUGGAGAUUUGGACUUUCUUGGUCUCAGAGUGGUUCUCAUUUCUUUUGCUGAAAAAUUAAUUGCCAUUAAGGUU